UAAAUGGACCACACAACAUCAGAAGAGUUUUUAGACCCUUUUAUUCUUUCAGUUUUGCAAAAUAAUAAGAACCGCGAUACUUUGAAAAAGCUGGAGGAAACCCUUAACCAGUUUGUAAAGAAUAGUGAGUUGCGACGUUUGGAGUUUCCCCCUAAGACUGCGUUCCAAAGAAGAAUCAUUCAUAGAGUCGCUUUACGCUAUGGUUUGGAUAACUUGUUGUUGGCAGCAGAGAAUAAUGGAACUAAUAGUGACAAGAGGCGUCUAGUUUUGUUAAAGACAGAACAAACCAAGAUACCGAAUGUUUUGUUGUCAGAUUGGGAAAAUUCAGUUGCAAAGAGGGAAGUUGCAAAUGAAUCACGGCAAACUCCAACAGAGAAUACUAACAGCAAGCCCUUUUUCUUGAAGCGUAAUGUACAACAAGGAGCACAGCGAACUUUUCAUCGUUCGUCUUCUUGUGUUGGACUCGAGGCAGGAAUAGGAAACGUUAUUCGUGGAGUAACAGAAGAAGAAUAUCAGAAAGCCAGAGCAAGAAUAUUCAACAAUAGCGUUGCUUCUCAUUGUUCUCAAACACAACAAAUUGGCACAAAAACGGAUAUUUCAAAAGAAACGAAGUGGCUUCACUCUCCAAGUACUCCAACUCAUACUUUGCAACCGCUUGUAGAAGCCCAAGAUACUUCAGUUAUGGAAGAUAAUUGGGUGGCUUUUGUUGAGGAGAAGGAAACUGAAAAUGACGUUUAUGAUCCUGAUUUUGAUAGGAGCUAUAGCAGAUGGGGUGCAACGAUACCUUCAUCGACUUGCUCUCAUAUUAAUGGAAAUCCCAAUUUAACACAAUCGUAUCUUCAUUCAACUCAAUUGAGACCAGCUGUAAUCGGUAACUAUAUGAACAACAAUCAAUACACAUUGACUAGUAAAACUCAGAAUGUAUCCUACGGACCAAUGAAAGGCGCAGAGUCUUCUUCUUCAAGAGUGCCUCGAAAUAACUUACAUGAACAUUCUUUUGCGUCCUCCUAUCCCGCUCUACAGUUUCCUAGUUAUCAGUUACAUUGCAGUUUUGGUGAUUCUUCACAAAUAGUGGGUUAUGUACCCAAUAACUCAGUUUCAACAACUUCAAAUGAUACAUCCAUCUAUUUAUCGAAUGAUCCUUCUUCCUAUAUUCAUGAAUUUCCUCCACUGGGUCGUACUUAAAACAUAUAUAUAUAUAUAUAUAUAUCAUAUAUGUG